AUCGUUCAACACCGCGCGUCUCCCUCCAUCUCCCCUCGUAUCAUCGCCCAUCCCUCGCCCCAUCACCACUUUCACCAUGUCGUCCGACACGGGAGUCAGCACCCUCGUAGCGGGCAUGUUCCUCACGGGAUGUGCCAACUCGCUCCUCACAAAGUACCAGGACAAGCUCUGCGUCGAGAACUGCGACGGGCACGGCAAGCGCGUCGACUUUGAGCAGCCCGUGUACCAGACGCUCAACAUGUUCAUCGGCGAGUUCCUCUGCGUCAUUCCUUUGCUGUGGAACUGGCUCGCGACCGCGCGCAAGGGCCGCCCAUCCUACCUUGACCGCCUGUUCAAGCGCUCGCCUGGCUACGGGACAAUUCCUCAGGAGGAAGAGGAGGAGGAGUUGGAGAUAGAUCACAUCCCAAUGCGUGGAUGGGCUGUUUGCUGGAUGUGGUUCCCUGCUUUCUUUGACAUCUGCGGCACGACCCUCAUGAACGUCGGCCUUAUCCUCACCCCCGUCUCCAUCUACCAGAUGUCGCGCGGCGCGCUCGUGCUUUGGGUCGGCGUGCUCUCCGUCAUCUUCCUCCGCCGUCACCUCUACCUGUAUCAGUGGACCGCGCUCCUCAUCGUUACGCUCGGUGUCAUGCUCGUCGGCCUCGCGGGCACUCUCAUUAAGCGCGAGACGAUGCCCUCUGACCCUGGCGCAACUGACAUCUUCAACGCCCUCAUUGAGGUUGCUACUUCUCGCGCCGACGACGACCCAGCCAAGGUCGCGCUCGGCGUCUCGCUCAUUCUCUUUGCCCAGAUUUUCACUGCUUCGCAGUACGUCGUGGAGGAGAAGAUUAUGACGCACUACACGAUCGACCCUCUGGCCGCAGUCUCUCUUGAGGGCAUGUGGGGCGGCCUCACAACCCUCGGCGCCAUGCCAAUCCUCCACAAGCUGUUCGCCAAGAAAAACGCGUACUUUGAUGUUCCCCGCGGGUGGCGCCAGAUCACGCAGAACCCACCAGUAAUGUGGGCGAGUUUGAUGAUUGCGCUCAGCAUCGGCGCGUUCAACUUCUUCGGCCUGAGUGUAACUUCUCGAGUCAGCGCCACCACCCGUUCUACCAUCGACACAUGCCGCACGCUCGGCAUCUGGAUUGUCUCCCUGGCCAUUGGGUGGGAGAUGCUCGUGUGGCCCUACUCGCUGCUUCAGGUUGCGGGCUUUGCCAUGCUCGUGUAUGGCACCUUUGUGUUCAACGGGCUGCUCGAACCCAUCUUUUUCCGCCCCGAGGGCAUCAGGCUUCCCGAAGAGGACGGUAUUCCGCACAUCCAGGAGGACCGGUAACGACAAUACUUUGGGCCUUCGCUUUCGCCUUUGCCUUUUGCCUUGCAUAUCAGUUAAUACUUCGCAGCUAGCAGCCAGAACCCCCAUACGCGGCACAGCAGUAUACUCGGUAGAGUCGUCGCUAGACUACUGUACAUUGAAUCAACUACAACGAGAACGAGGCGGGCGGUGUCCCGAGCGGGCAGGAGAUGUCAGGAGCGAGAUGGGAGCGGCAGGGUGCGCGGGGGAUGCG